GGGCGCAGGAGGGGCGGGGCAGCCAUUCUACCCGAGAGCCACGCGAAACAAACAAGCCAAGGACAUGGACUCCCCGCUGCCAGCGUCGCUGUCGCUGUUUGUCCUGUUGAUCUUUCUGGCGAUAAUUAAAGAAAGCUGUCAGGGACCGCACGAGAAGCGCCUGCUGAACCACCUGCUCUCCACCUACAACACCCUCGAGCGACCCGUCGCCAACGAAUCGGAGCCCCUGGAGGUCAAGUUUGGUCUGACCCUGCAGCAGAUCAUCGACGUGGAUGAAAAGAAUCAGAUUCUGACCACAAAUGCGUGGUUAAAUUUGGAGUGGAACGACUACAAUCUGCGCUGGAACGAGACCGAGUAUGGCGGAGUCAAGGACCUGCGGAUCACGCCCAACAAACUGUGGAAGCCCGACGUGCUCAUGUACAACAGCGCGGAUGAGGGAUUCGAUGGCACGUAUCACACCAACAUUGUGGUCAAACAUAACGGCAGUUGUCUGUACGUGCCCCCUGGUAUCUUCAAGAGCACAUGCAAGAUAGACAUCACGUGGUUCCCAUUUGAUGACCAACAUUGCGAAAUGAAAUUCGGUAGUUGGACUUACGAUGGAAAUCAGUUGGAUUUGGUUUUGAAUUCCGAAGAUGGAGGGGAUCUUUCCGAUUUCAUAACAAAUGGCGAGUGGUACUUGCUUGCCAUGCCGGGAAAGAAGAAUACGAUAGUCUACGCCUGCUGCCCAGAACCAUAUGUCGAUAUCACCUUUACUAUACAAAUACGCCGCCGUACAUUAUAUUAUUUUUUCAAUUUAAUCGUGCCAUGUGUGCUAAUCUCAUCGAUGGCCCUCUUGGGCUUCACAUUGCCGCCGGACUCGGGCGAGAAGCUGACGCUGGGAGUUACAAUUCUUCUAUCGCUCACAGUGUUUCUCAACCUUGUAGCUGAGACAUUGCCCCAAGUAUCUGAUGCAAUCCCCUUGUUAGGCACCUAUUUCAACUGCAUCAUGUUCAUGGUCGCAUCGUCGGUGGUGCUGACUGUUGUGGUGCUCAACUAUCACCAUCGCACGGCGGAUAUCCACGAAAUGCCCCCGUGGAUAAAGUCCGUUUUCCUACAAUGGCUGCCCUGGAUCUUGCGAAUGGGUCGACCCGGCCGCAAGAUUACUCGAAAAACAAUACUACUAAGCAAUCGCAUGAAGGAGCUGGAGCUUAAGGAGCGCUCCUCCAAGUCCCUGCUGGCCAAUGUCCUCGACAUCGACGACGACUUCCGGCACACAAUAUCCGGCUCUCAAACAGCCAUCGGUUCAUCGGCAAGCUUUGGGCGACCGACAACGGUGGAAGAGCAUCACACAGCCAUCGGCUGCAACCACAAAGAUCUUCAUUUAAUUCUCAAAGAAUUGCAAUUCAUUACGGCGCGCAUGCGCAAGGCCGACGACGAAGCGGAAUUGAUUAGCGAUUGGAAGUUCGCUGCAAUGGUUGUGGAUAGAUUUUGUUUAAUUGUUUUCACGCUCUUUACGAUUAUUGCAACGGUAACCGUGCUGCUAUCAGCUCCGCACAUAAUCGUGCAAUAAGGACGUUCGAAUUAGACAAUUAAGCUACGGAUACGCGCACACACACACCCACGCCCCCACCCAGGCAUGUCAGUGUGUGCGCGGCGCAAGGAGUUGCCUAGUUAAGCUCAUUUUCAAAAACCAAAACCUAGCGAAGCUGCUUCGAAACAAAGCAAAACCAAAAAAACAAAACAAAAAAUACUAAAAAAUAACUCAAAUAAAAAAUUGUUAAUUACAUUUUUAAGUAAAACCAAGAGCAAAGGAAAUUUCGCUAAAACAAAAAAGAGACAAAAAUCAUGUACUAAAAUAAAAUAUUUUAUGGACAAAGCAAACAAAAAGCAAAAAUUACUGCCGUACAAGAAACCGAAGAAAAAAAGUGUUAAGUAAGCUACACUCGUACACACAAAAACACACACAACCAUAAAAUUCUAAGAGUUAAGCAACCAAAGAAAAUUGAAACAAAAAAUUUGCAUAGGAAUAGCCCAAGGAGGCGGAGCCGGAGACGGAGACGGAAACGGAGUCGGAGAAGCACGAAAGGAUGAGAGGAACAACAAAGACACAUCGCGGGACAGGACACACAAAGGUUAUAUAUGCAGCACACACACAGACAGACACUGACAGAGCCACAUACGUCUAUGUAUUUGUAUGUACAAUAACAGAGUUAUAAGUUAAUUAAUAUGCUGAGUUGUUAUAAUUUAUGUAAGAUGAACAGAUGACAGACCCAGGAUAUAGACAACACACUCACACAGACAAAACACUUAAGAUAUAUGAUAUAUAUAAGAGAUUGUUCCUAUGAGACAUUAGAUAUGUAUUUAAAAUGGCAAAAAACACACACACGCAGCGACAGAUACACAAACACUGAAGCACUUAAUUGAAAAAAAGCAAAAAACAAGGGAAAGAAACCAUUUAUUUGUAGGAGAGUGUAACCGGAAGUGGGAGUAUGUAGGUAUAAAUGUUGGCCUGUUAACCCUUUGUUGUUUGCAUUUUUUAACUGUCAAAAUAUUUUUGUUUUUCUCUUCCGUUUUCAUUUCGGGAUCACGUGGACCAACAAUAUUUUGUUUGAUUGUCCUUUAUUCAAAUUUGCAAGCAAAAUAUGAUCCCAGUGAAGAAACUGUUUGUUUGUUGUCAAAUUAAUAUUCUUGGACUUUAGUUUUGAAUAUUCCAUCUUAUUAUGGUUCGCAGAGAGAGGUCUUGAGAAUUGAGAAGGAGGAUAGCUAAUUGUAAAUGGUAACAAAAUGACACAUAAUAAUGGAUAUAAACAAAAGUAUAUAUAUACACGCAGAUAUAUAUAUUCAUAGUGAAUUGAAUUAAUUUUUAAAUGGCGCAUCCACGAACCCUUCGAAGAGAAGAGGCAUGUUCGUUGAACAUCAUGUUUUUAGAAAAUUUAUUGUUGAAAUAUUAUAGCAAAUCGAUUAAGCAGAAGGACAAAACGACCCGAGGGCAAAACAACCGAGUUAUAGUCACCAAUUAAUUAGUCAAAGUAAUAAUAAUGAUUGACAGAAACAGUGAGGCAGAGAAACCGAAACCGAAACCAAACUAUCGAUACAAGAUGAACAGGUGUAUAUAUAUUUUACGACACAUAUAUCACCACAUACCAUAUAUAUACAUACACAUAUAUAUACGAAAUAUAUAUUUUUAAUAAACCGAGAACGGAAACGAGCAAAACUAAAGACACUAAGCAAAAGCAAAGCAGCGCAAGAACAGAAACCCACUCAAAACCAACCAACCAACCAGCCCAAUUAACUCGAAAUCUAAACCUAAGCCUAAAUCGAAAUCGAAAUCGAGAGAAAAGUAUGAAGUCACAAUUUUGUUGGAAAUUUUGCAUAGUUUUCGGAUGAGUUGUCUCUAUCAGUGUAUAUCCCCUGAGUAUUCCUAAAAACGAGCUUCGAAUUCAGUCUACCCUACUCUGCUCUCCCCCUCACCCAAAGCAAAACAGUGAUAUUUACGGUAUAGCCCCCAAAAAAACGACGUACGAACACUCUAUCCGGAACCCACCUAAGACACCUUUUAACGUGAAUGUUUUCUAAACACACUACAACAACAACAACAAACCAAAAAAAUACCAAAAAAAAAACAAAAAUAAAUGAAAAACCUACCUCCUUGUUACCAAGACGAAAUGUUGACGAAAAGUCAGAUUAGAGACGAAUUACGAAGAAUAUGCAACACUGCCGAGUUAAUCGCACUCCUCUGUCUUCCCAAAAAUUAAAAAAAAACC